GGGGAACAGGAUGUGGGCCCACCCCGACAAACUCCUCGCCACAGCCCGAAAACGGCCCACCGCACAACUCCGGAACUUAACAGAUAAGACAAAUUAUUACAAAGUUGCUGUUACAUUACUGAUGAGAAGCAGUAGAGGGAGAAGAUGGCUGUAAACAUCCCGGGGGUAAUCGCUGUAGCUGUGUUUUACAUGAUCAUUCUGGCAACUGGAAUAUGGGCAUCUCGAAGGUCCAGGCAAGAGGAGAAGAGAACCGCUGGGACUGGAACAGAAGUCACCCUGAUCGCUGGUCGAAAAAUAAAUAUCACUGUGGGAAUUUUCACAAUGACGGCUACAUGGGUUGGAGGAGCCUACAUCAUGGUAACAUCUGCAGCUACCUACGACCCUACAAAGGGCUUGAUCUGGGCAACGAUGCCCCUGGACUAUAUCUUAAAUUUUUUAUUAGCUGGUCUUUUCUUUGCUAAACCACUGAGGGAAAAGGAGUACGUCACAAUGAUGGACCCGUUUCAGCUGAAGUACGGGGACACUGUGAGCUGUGCUCUCCUGAUUCCUACCCUGAUCAGUGAUCUACUCUGGAUAGCUUGUGCCAUGGCGAGUUUAGGAGGAACCUUAAGCGUGAUUCUGGAUAUAUCCUCUUUCUACUCCAUAUGCGUCUCGGCCGCUGUGGGCAUAAUCUACACACUUCUCGGGGGAAUGUUCUCCGUGGCCUAUACUGACAUCAUACAGCUGCUGUUCAUUGCUGUUAGUAUGUGGCUGUGUGUUCCAUUCAUGAUGCUGAAUCCAGCAUCCACUGACAUCACGCUUACAGCAUUCAAUGGCACAUUCCAAGCUCCUUGGGUGGGAAUGUUGGAGCCAGGGGAUGUGGGGUUGUGGAUAGAUGAAUUCCUGGUUUUGAGUCUUGGGGGUCUGGCCUAUCAGGCCAUGCACCAGAGAAUCCUGUCAGCAUCGUCGGUCAGAGAUGCCCAGGUCAUGUGUUUCUCUGCAGCUGCUAUUUCCAGCAUCAUGGGCAUUCCUUCAAUACUCGCUGGGGCAGUGGCUGCAUCAACAAACUGGAACAUGACCAGCUACGGUUCUCCCUCUCCCUAUGAGCGCGGAGAAGCCGGUAAAAUCCUCCCGAUCGCUCUGCAGCACCUCACGCCCAACUACAUCUCCAUCUUGGGCACCGGGGCUGUAGCAGCGGCUGUGAUGUCAUCCAUGGACUCCUGUCUCCUGGCCUCAGCCUCCUUAUUUACCCAAAACAUCUACAAAGCAUUGAUUAGAAAGCAGGCCUCCGACCGAGAGCUGCAGUGGGUGAUCAAGGGCUCGGUGACCGUGGUGGGGCUGGCGGGAAUGGGACUGUCCUUCCUGAAGGACAGCGUCCUGCCGUUCUACGUCCUCAGCAGCGACGUGCUGUACACCGUGAUUCUGCCCCAGCUCGUGUGCGUCCUCCACCUGCCCGUCGCCAACGUGUACGGCGCCGUGGGCGGCUACGUCUCGGGCGUGGCCCUGAGGCUGCUGAGCGGGGAGCCCUUACUCCGCCUGCCCCCCGUCAUCCACUUCCCCGGCUGCAGGCUCGUCGACGGCGUGUACGUCCAGCACUUCCCUCACCGGAGCCUGGCCAUGCUGCUGUCGCUGUGCAGCACCGCCCUGAUCUCCUACGCCACGGCCGAGCUGCUCCGCCGAGGCGUGCUGCCGAGGAGCUGGGAUCUCCGGCCGGCUCGGACAGACGCGCCUCGUGUGGGAUGUGCUAACGUGACCGGUAACGCUGAUAACAAACAGCCUGCGACUUCAGAUCAACUCCUGGACACAAGCUGCUAGGGCGGUUGUUUUUUAGUUUUUUUUCCAAAUGUGCUUCAUGAUUCUCAUGAUGCUAUUCAGUGCAAAAACAUAAUACAUGUUUUUUUUCUGACAGUUUCUCCCUCACCAUUGACAACUCCACAGUCUCCCCUUCCCCUCAGGUUAAGAGUCUGGGUGUCAUCCUUGACGGCACAUUAUCCUUUGAAAAACACAUCAAUAAUGUUACUCGGUCUGCAUACUUCCACUUACGCAAUAUUAAUCGUCUUCGCCCGUCACUUACACCUACCAGCACUGCCAUUCUUGUCCACGCCCUGGUUACAUCCCGUAUUGAUUAUUGCAACUCCAUCCUCUUUGGUCUUUCACGCAAGUGUCUCCACGAAGUUCAACUGGUCCAGAACUCAGCUGCCCGUAUCAUCACCAGAACUCCUUCCAUUGAUCACAUCACUCCAGUUCUCCAGCAACUUCAUUGGCUCCCAGUUAGAUCCCGUAUUGAUUUUAAGAUCUUGCUGCUCACAUUCAAAGCCCUUCAUAACAUGGCACCUUCAUAUCUCUCUGAACUCCUCCAUAGCCACAUUCCCUCACGUACUCUCAGAUCCUCCUCUGCCUCCUUACUUGCCACACCAUCUGCCCCCCGCCUGACCACCAUGGGAUCUAGAGCCUUUAGUCGUUCUGCCCCCCGCCUCUGGAACUCUCUGCCACAAGACAUUCGCAACAUUGACACUCUCCUCACUUUUAAAUCUAGACUCAAGACACACCUUUUCACACUGGCAUAUUUAACCUGACCCUGAUUGAUGAGUUUUAUGUUUUAUGUUGAUAAUUUUAUAUGUCUUGUUGUAUAUAACAU